AAGCAUGUUCUUGUAAAAGAAGACAGAAUGUCCUUGCUUGGUGACUAGAAAAUGGAACUAUAUUUUUUACAGGGGAUAUUGAAAGUGGCUGGCUCAUAGAAGAGAUGAAUUCCUACACACCCGGCCCAAUCUAGUUUGGAGGUGAGCGGGACAAGAUUCUGACCCGACUCCACCUGGCUCGUCAGCAAUUACAAAGUGUGUAGUCCCUGCGGCUGAAACGACGUCUUUUUGUCUUACGAAAUCCAAACGCGACGUCGUUUGAACCUUUCUAUCCUCUUUUCCGGUACUCCUCUCCCGUUCUCUUCCACUACCGGCUUCUUCAGCCUGGCCUCUAAACCCCUAAUGGGAAAGUCCUAAAACAAGUCUGAUCAAAGCUCGAAAAUUCUCAACAAUGGAGACACAAUCACAAAAUCUCUAAAACCCUAAACCACAAACACAACAUGACCUAUUAGAAACCCUAACAAAAGUCCUAACCUCAGAAAACCUCUAGCUUGAAACCCUAAACCCCUACACUCCCCACCUCUCCACAGACCCUAACCUCUUAAUCUCUCUGUUUAAUUCAUAAACCCUAAUUCAAAACUCUGACACUCCUUCAGUUCUUCAAAUACCCCCUCCUUCAAUUACCCACCACUCACCUCUCCCUUUGCUCUCUCUUCUCCCUUCCCUUCUCCGGCGCUGCCAUUUCAUUACCGCCAAACCCCUCCUUUACUCUUUCAUCUCCGCCGAAAAAUCCAACUCCCUUCAUCGCCUCCUCCUCCACCCCCCAAAAACUCAAUCACCCCAUCAACUAUUUUAGCAUUCCAAAUCGUCUUCUAGAUACUUCCAUUGGAGCAUAUGUCGCGUGCGGUAGGCCCCAUCACGCUGCGCAAAUUUUUAACAGAAUGAAGAGAUCGGGUAUGCAGCCCAACUUGUUAACUUGCAAUACUUUAUUAAAUGCUUUAGUGAGACACCCUUUAUCGCAUUCGAUAAGAUUGAGCCUACAGCUUUUUUUACUGAUUUAAUUAAGAUUAGUGUUAAGAUUAAUACGAAGACUUAAUAUUUUGAUUUAUGGGUCUUGCAUGGGGAACAAGUAUGGUGAAGCAACAAGGGUUUUAGGUAAAAUGGGGGAUUUUUAUGCUCGCUGGAUAUUGUUACUUGUAUUACUAUCUUAGAUGGUUUCUGUAAGAAAGGGAGAUUAAAUGAGGAUAGGAAUUUGUUGUUGGAUAUGAAAAAUAGUGGGACCGCAUAUAAUAUAUUGAUUGUAGGGUAUUGUAGGUUAGGAUGGUUAGAGGAGUCGGGAAAGGUUAUGCAAUUAAUGUUGCAGAAUAAUGUGAUGCCAGACGUUUGGACGUGCAAUGUGAUGAUUAGUGGGUUUUGUAAACAGGGUAGGAUUGAUGAGGCGUUGAGGUUGAAUGAAGAGAUGGAAAAACUGAAGCUGUUGCUUGAUGUGGUAAUAUAUAAUACUUUGAUUAAUGGGUGUUUUGAACAUGGGAGUAGUGAGGAGGGGUUUAAAUUGAUUAACGGGUGUUUUGAAGCGUUGAGGUGUUUAUAUAACACUGUUACUUGUAAUGCUUUGAUAAGUGGGCAUUGUAAGGUGGCGAAGAUGGAUGAAGCAUUCAGAUUGAUGGAGGAAAUGGGGACGAAAUGUAUUGUGGAUGAGGGUAGUUAAGGCACUUUGAUCAUGGGAUGUUUUAAAAAUGAAAAGGCAGGUAAAGCUUUGAAGCUUUGGGAUGAGAUGAAGGAGAAAGAGAUCGCUCCAAGUGUUAUCACCUAUAACUCUAUUAUUGCAGGCUUAUGCCAAAUGGGAAAAACUGAUCAAGCAGGAGACAAACUGAAUGAGCUUCUGGAGAGUGAUUUGGUCCCUGGUGAAAUUACAUACAGUGCGAUUAUUCAUGGACAUUGCUGGGAAGAUCAAGUUGAGAAAGCAUUUCAGUUCCACAACAAAAUGGUCGAGAAUAAGGUUAAGCCAAAUGCAUUUGCUUGUAAUGUUCUCCUUCGUGGGAUAUGCAGAGAAGGUAUGCUUGGAAAACCUCUUAAGCUCUUCAACACAUGGAUUUCAAAGGGUAAUGCCAUUUCAUACAACAAGAUAAUUUUAGCCCUUUGCAAAGAGAAGAGAUUUGAGGAAGCAUCUGAUCUUCUUGCAGAAGUGGACAAAAAGAAACUAGAACCUGAUUGUUAUACAUACUGGAGAAAGGACUGAGGACGCAGAGGAGUUCAUAUAAAAAAUACUGGAGAAAGGAAAAUCAAGGAAAAUCAGAUGAUCAGUUUUUAGAAUCGAAGAGGCGGGAUGUGAGGAUAGUAAUGUUCCUCACGAACCUCAUCCAAAUUGCUUAUUCAAACAAGAUUAAUGAGCUUUGUUCUCAAGGGAGAUACAAGGAUGCAACAAAAAAUUUCCAUGAAUCGGCUCAAAAGGACAUUGUUGUACCUAAAUGUACUUGCAUUAUUUUGAUGGAUGGGCUUAUUAGGAGGAUAAAAGGUAUACUAAAAGGCGCGCUACUGAAGUGACAUUUUAGUGAGGUUCUUAUGGAAAGUUCAAUUUUGAGAAGGCUCAUCAUCAUGUUUGGCACAGAUUCAUCACGGAAUUAUGUUCUGGAAAGUGUUGAUUUGGAGAAGGCUUGUCAAUUCACCGGGAAUUUUUUGGAUCAAGUUUGUUUAUUUUAAGAAAAUAAUUCCAUGAUGGAUGAAGUCUGGCAACGAGAAGGGUCUAAUGUUUUGGUUAAGAAAUAGUGUAAAGGAUUAGUGCCUGCCUUCUGAAAGCCAAAGAAGGGGAGUAUACACCAAGCUCAAAAGAGACGAGUUGUGAUCCUACCAAAUUUCAGUGAGCUUUUGUUCCUCAAAAGACCUGAUAAUUCUUUAGUCAUUACUCCUUUUCUUUUGUAUGCUCUCGUAUUGAUUUUCAAUUUAGUUGGCCGUGUACAUAUGCGAUGAUCAAAAUUUAAAUUUUUGGUGUGCAUUUUGUAAUAGGAUAAUGACGAGCAGUUGUGUUCCACCUAGGUACAAUUACUGCAUGAAAUAGUGCAAUAAAAUCUCACUUUCCUAUUUCUGGGAUCGUUGUGGAUCGUA